AUGCAGCAGGAGCCGGGGCAGCUGCGGCCGGAGCGGGGAAACCGCGUGGGGUCGGGGCUCCUCCUCUUCCUCCCGCUCGUCGUCCCCUCCCCGCCCGGCCCGAGCCGGGGGCGGGGCCGGAGCGACGGCGGCGGCGUCUGGUUCCAGUGCCGUGGGGAUGUUUGGACCUUGCAGGACUCCAAAUACAAGGAGCUGAGGAGGGAGACCAGGGAGGACAAAUCCCCACAGCAGAACCUCCUGGAAGAGGCUGUUUUGAGUGGCUCCACAGCACAGGAAUCCGACAGGGAUGAAAAGCCCUGGAGAUCCCUCACGAGGAGGGGCUGCAAACAUAGGCCAGGGUGUUCUGAGGAAGAAAGACCCACCCUGGGUCAGGAAGGUAGCUGGAGAUCCAGCCAGAGGUCCAGCCUGGUGGUUCAUGAGCAGCAUCAAAGCAGGGAGAAGCCCUACACAUGUGGUGAGUGUGGGAGGAUCUGCAGAGACAGCUCCGACCUGAUCUGCCACUGGAGGAUCCACAAUGGGGAGAGGCCUUAUGAGUGCUUGGAAUGUGGGAAGAGCUUCAGCCAGAGGUCCAGCCUGACUGCCCACCAGAGGUUGCACACUGGGGAGAAGCCCUAUGAGUGUGGGGAGUGUGGGAAGAGCUUCAGACAGAGCUCCCACCUGAUUCGCCAUCAGCGGAUCCACACAGGGGAGAGGCCCUAUGAGUGUCUUGAUUGUGGGAAGAGGUUUCAGACCAGCUCCAAUCUCCUUCUGCACCAGCGUACGCACACGGAGGAGAGGCCCUUCCGCUGCCCAAACUGUGGGAAGGGCUUCAACCUCAACUCCACCCUUGUCAGGCACAGGCGCAUCCACACUAGAGAGAGGCCAUAUGAGUGUCCCCAGUGUAAGAAGUGGUUUCAGAGCAGCUCAGCUCUUGUCAUGCACUGGCGCAUCCAUGCUGGGGACGGGCCCUAUGAAUGUCCCCAGUGUGGGAAGAACUUCACCCAGAGCUCGAACUUUACCAGACACCAACGAAAGCACCAGUAAGGGAAGCCCUGCGAGUGCCCCGAGUGUAGGAAUAGCUACAUCUGUGUUUCCAACUUCAUUCUUGGUCAGAGGACCCACAUUGGGAAGAGCCCUGGUGACCCACAUUCCCUGUGAUCCACAUUGGGAAGACACCUGUCCCUUUCCCCACCCCUGCCAGUGAUGUGAGGUGGGAUCAAAGAACAUGAGUGUCUGGCCAUGCCUCCAUCAUUAUAUUCGAUCUCACCUCAAGUCAUUGCCUGGAACAGGGAAAGGAACUCUCUCUCCUGAGGAGAAGGGUGUCUUUUCUAUUCGGGAGAAAAUACAUAGUCAGGAAGAGCUGGUAAGUACUGUUGCAGUUUUCCCUGUAAAUAAAUUCUUUGUCUUAUCCUUUCUGUUAUCAAUAUUGUUGCUGUUCCUGUUUGUUCCUUAUCCUGCUGCUGUUCCCAGUAAAUUGUUCUUAUUCCAUCCCAGGAUCUUUGCUAUUUGUGCUUUCCAUGGGAGGCAGGAAGGCAGCGAGCAGCAGUGCAUUUUUAGCGGGAGCAGGAGAUUGGGGAGCCCCAUUCCUGAACCCUGGCCUGAGCAUCCCAGCUGGUCCCAACCCUGGUGGCCAUGGCAACAGCCUUGGGAGCGGGUCCCUGGCUGGGGCUG